GAACGCGGAAACCGAAAAGAACUCAUUACAAAAUUCACCAAAUUUAGAGUUUCGGCAAAAUGUUUAGUAGGAGGAAAAAAUCCCCCCGUCCCCAAGAAGGACACAAGAAGAACGAUCUCUCCAAUUUGCUUGGACUUGAUAUCAACCCAGAUGAAAUGGCUGCAUUAGGGAUUGGGGGGAUAGGAAUUGGUAAUGAUGAUGACGAUGAUGACGAGGAUGAGGAUGAUGAAAGCCUUGAAGCAGAACUGGCAGCUCUACAAGGGCAGUCAUCAUCUAGAGGAAAGAAGAAAAAACCAGGAAGAUCUAUGGUGGGAUUAGAUGAGGAUGACUUUGGAGAUGAUGAUAAUGAUGAUGAUGAUGAUGAAAUUGAUGAAAAUGACCCACAGCUCUUGGCUGAACUUCAAUGUAUUGCUCCAGGAGAAGAUGGCUCAGAGCAUCAUGAUCCAACCCCAGUCUUACUUCCCUCUGCUUCAAAAGGGAGUUCUUCACAAGUUGACCUGUUGUUAGAAAGAGAGAAAAACUACAAGCUGGCAAUAGAAAAUGCAAAUAAAUCUGGUGAAGGAAGCAAGGCCAGAAGAUAUGGCCGAGGACUAAAGGAAAUAGAACAGAUGAUCAAGCAGGCUAAAGCUGGGAAGGCAAUUGAUCUGGAUGCAGUUCCUCCACCAGUGGCCACUGGAGCUGCUAAACCUUCAGCUCCAGUUUCUUCUCAGCCAGUCCAGGAUUCUGUUCCUGAAGCACAAGUGGAUCAGACAGCUAAUAAGUCCAUAAGGCUUGAAACAACAUCCCCAGAAGAUGUAUCCAGACCUGUCCAAGAUGACAGUCAAAAGUCCAAGGAAUCCAAGCCUGGCAGUGAAGGUGUUCAAAAUAAAGAGCUUUUCAUGACGAGACGAAAUCAGUACAGGGUAGCUGCCCUGACAUGCAAAAAAGCAGGAGAAAUUCAACAAGCCAAACAGUUUUUGGCAGUGUCAAAGCAAAUAGAUUCAGCUAUUGAACUGUUAGAGAAAGGUGAAGCAGUAGAUAUUUCACAGUUACCUCCCGUACCAUCUGUCCCACAAGCAUCAUCAGCUAUGACUCCACCAGCCUCCCAAGAGUCAGUUGCACCCCCUGCUGAAGCAACACCAAACAGUGCAGGUAAAGGAGAGGCAGGAGGAGAAAGUAGUUCAGCCAAAAGCUUGGAGCCUCCCCCUCCCCCUAAAAAUGUUGCAGAAGCUUUGCAACAAAGAUUGGAAAAGUACCAGCAAGCUGAAAACCAGGCUAAGCAAGAAGGCAACUCAAGCAAGGCACGAAGAAUGGGGCGCAUUGUUAAGCAAUAUCAAGAUGCUAUCAAAAGCCAUAAGGCUGGGAAACCUGUGGACUAUGAAGAACUACCAACCCCCCCUGGAUAUGCACCCAUACCAGGUGUAGCUGCUCCAGAGGAUGAACCAGCUGAAAACUUUUCUGUCCCUGAGUUUUCUGAGCCAAGGCAAGGGGCAGCACCCCAAACAACUGCUUCUCUUUCUGUUGCUGCUGGUGCUGCAAGCCCUGCUGCCACAAGUCCAUCUCCACAACCUGCCCUACAACCCACAUCAUCUGUUCGUAAAUCUCCUGGCCGCAAUGAACAGCAACUCAAUUACUUGCUUGAAAGACAGAAGGAGUUUAAGACAGCUGCAUUGCAGUCCAAAAAACAGGGAGAUCUUGAAGGUGCCAAGAACUACCUAAGAAUGAGCAAGGGUCUGGACAGGAUGAUUCUGAGUGCUCAGAAUGGACUGAAGGUUGAUUUAGGAUCAGUUCCCCCCUCUCCAUUUGCAGCUUCAAAACCUGCACCCACAAGAGAGUUAAGCUUUGAGAUGGUCCAAGCUGAAGAUUGUGAGCCAAAUCCUCAGACAUCAGAAGAAAAAUCUGAGCUAUUUUCACGAUUAGAGGAUGCUCUUAUUAAACAAAUUGAGAUGUGUGCCAGAAAUGCUCAACAUUACCAGAAGUUAGGUGAUAUAACCAACACUAAAAACUUUGACAAGAUGGCAAAGAAUUUAAGACAGGACCUUGAUUCAGUUCAAAGUGCCCGGAAAUACCAGGAUCCUCCACCAAAAUUCCAUUAUGAAGACAGAUCAUUUACAAUUGUUGAUUCAUUUCCAGAUCUGAGUGAUUCAGAGGUGGAGUUGACAAUAGUUAGAGGGCUCAAUAUACCUCUUCCCUCAGGUUAUCAACCAAAGGACAUGUACACUUAUGUAUCUUAUGAAUUUCCUUUUCCAAGUGCAGAUGAACCUCAGACCGGCAGGACACAAACUAUUAAGCACUCUAUCAAUCCAGAUUACAAAGAGGUUUUCAAAGUACAGAUAGAUAGGAAAAAUCGAUCUUUAGGAAGAAUUUUCAAGAGACAGCCCGUCAAAUUUGAAGUCAAAUAUGAAAGGGGCUUCCUCAAAGGUGACAAAGCUUUGGGACAAGUGCAAGUGAAGCUUACCCCAUUCGAUAACAAGUGUGAAAUUCACGACUGUUUUGAUGUAAUGGAUACGGAACGUGGACGAAAAGCGGUCGGCGGGAAACUUGAAGUUCACAUGAGGAUCAGAGAGCCGUUGGUGGAUAAAGAUGUGAAAGUUGAAAAAUGGAAAUGGCUUGUUAUUGAUGUUCACUUGACGUCUAGGAAAGCAGGCGCUGUUUCUAAGGAACCGGCUAAUUUGCCACCAAAACCUGGCAAAGUAACAAGAGGACCAGAUAUUGCGACGGAAUUUGCUAGCUUGGAGGUCUUGAAACUGGAAAAACAGAUCGCCGAAAAACAGAUUGCUGCUCAUAAAGCCAAAGGAGAAAUGCCUCCUGCAGUCCUCAUACAGCGCUGCAAACUGUGUCAGCAGAAGAUAGCUGAAGUGGAGAGGACUCUAUCGAGUGGUGACAAAAACGUAUUGACAAACUACAUACGUCAACUUCAAACGAAGAUCCCUCAAGAGCAUGCUAAGGCGCAACAAGUUUUGAAAGCUGGCAACAGGAGUGAAGCUCAACUGUGUUUAACCAGGAGAAAGCUGAUGGAAAACGAGGUCUCUACUCUUAAGUCUCAGCUUGGUAUACAUUAGAUAUCGAUAACUGUCACAACCAUAUGAUAAGGAUAUUAAAAAUAAUAGAGCCUAUCAUGAAUUUCGUUGCUUAUAUCUUAAGCACAUGUUAAAGGUUUUUUGUUAGGGAAAAACCUAAAAUUGUUAUAACUUAGGUGAGAAUUGUGUUAUAAUUUCUCUUUGCACAUAAUAUGAUAUCUGUCUGCGAGGUUUCUCUAUUAAACUCGUAGAUCGUUAAUUAAGGAAUACAGCAAAGUUCCUUGCACCUCAGUCACAAAAGCAAAAAUCAAAAAGUUAAAGCAUGAAGUUUUUUAAACAAUUUUUGAACAAUAUCAAAACAUUGUGACCUACGUUUUUUUUUUAUGUCACUGGAUCUGUAAUAGUAAUUUGUGGGUUUCGCCUUAAUCUUUUUUUUUUUAAUCCAUGGCGAAAUUUUCAGAAAUUUUCAGUUAUAUGCCUUUGAUAUGAAGAUGGUAGUAUAAAACACUCUCGAUACGUUACUUUUUCCCUACUUUUGCUGAGGUAUUUAAAAUGUUGCACGCACUGCAAAUUCUUUGUACACAGGAACAUAUGAUGAGAUUUCCAAAUAAACUCUCCAUUGACUUUAAUCCUUUGUCAAAAAUAUUUGUGUCAUACUUGAAACUGGUUGCGGCAUCUUUUAUUCUGUGCUGCGCACUCAUAUUGAGAACGAAAACUCACCAACGCAAGAUGCGAGCAUUCUAUAUCCUUUUGUGGUAACUUUUGGUGAUUUCGUGAAACAAACACUGCGGUCAGGAAGGCAGUCGGUUGAUCAAGGUGUUCGAAUUUGUAGUACAUGUUUCAAUGUCAUACGCACCUUUUUCACUUACAAUAACUUAGAGUGGUGGUGAGAUG